AUGUAAAAAAAAUCGGAAUACUUGAUGUCAAUAUGCAUUCCUUUUAGACUCAAUAUACACAUUUCCUAAAAUUUACAGUAAUUAAGUAAAUAAUAAAAAUGGAAAAACUUACUUGCUAUCAGGAAUACAAUAAUUGGUUACUCUGAAAUUUUGCCAUGGAUGUAUGAUGGCUUCAACAAUUAAAUUACUGCCGAGGUAUAUAUGUCCCGUUGUAACACGUCAAUUUUCGUUGAAGCAAGCCAACUUUUGUAACUUCUUCAGAGUAGUACGUUGUACAUCAAAUGAAGCUUCUACCACACAAUCCCAAGGCUUAACGUGUUUUAACUCUAACAGCAAAAUCGAUUUUCGGCAAUUUGAUCCUCGGAGAAAUGACAGGGGCGACAAUUUAUUACAGCGUUCUAAAAAUUCUCUAAGUUUCCUAAAAGGCUUUCAAAAAUCAUUUACAUUCCGGAGAAAAGACGAAAAGCCAAAAAAUCAGAAGAGGCGAGUCCCUAAAUUAAUUUUAAUUCAAAAUCCUUUGACAUGGUUAAUGAUUAAGAUUGACUUCAGCGUGUUAAGGAAUAUAUGGGAUCCGUCUUUUGAAGAAAAGGAAUUUAAGUUUGGAACGAAGCAGGCUAUAUCGCGUAUAACGCAUGUGAUCAGCGCUGGUCAGUUCACCGAGUUAAACGGCUUAUUGACUAAACCUGCGCGUUUAAGUUUAAUGCGAGAGUUGGACCGCAACUGGGGAGAAAAGCAACGUUCCCUCCUAGCGCUAAAUCAUGAUGACAUACAGAUUUCUUCCCCACGAAAGGUUUAUUUCAUUCGAAUAGCUGAUAAGAAAUUUUGUGAUGUUGAUAUGGCGUUUUUGGCCCUAAAAUGGGCGCCUAUUAAUAGUAUUGAAGCCCUUAUAUUUACUGAGAUAUUUGCAAGAUUUCACCGAGAGUAUACGCCUCACUCUAUCCCAGAGUGGACUAUAGCUUAUUUCAAAGUAACACGCUUUGAAGUCUUGCGCCGAUGACAUACGUUGUCACGAAGUUAAGCUAUAUUCGACAAGCAUGAAAUUUUUAUGUCAGCACUGCAAAUGUUGAUUAAUAAGACAGUGACACUCAGCCUUUUUUGACAAUUGUAUAGUUAUAAUUGUUAUUUGACGCUGUACCAACGAGGACGUUUUUAUUGGAGUUUCGACGUCUUAAUGUGCCUUGGAAAUGUUGGUUGAACGUUGAUAUGAAUAAUAAAUAUAUCGGUUGCUUGUCGGUUAAAAAUUAAUUUACUGUAUUUGAAAGAGUCAGUCUCAGAAUUAUAUAAUUAUCUGGAAAA